CCAACCAAAUCAACCAAAGGAAAAAAAGAAGAAAACCCGGCAGAACUCCCACCGCCCCUCACCGCCAAAAUUUCUCUCUCACCGUCCAACCACCAAAACAUCCUCCAAAAAAAGAUAGCGAAAAGAGCAGACAGAGAAAAGAGACUUACAAAACCAACCAAAAUGGUCCGUCAAUUCAAACACCACGAGCGCAAGCUCCUCCGCAAGGUCGACUUCAACACCUACAAAUCCGACGGCUCCCACCGCGAACACACCGUCCGCCAACGCUACCACCUCCAAGAAUACGACUACAAGAAAUACAACACCCUCUGCGGCUCGCUGCGGCAGCUGGCGCACAAACUCUCCCAGCUCGACCCCGAGACGGACCCCACGCGGCGGCAGAUCGAGGCCGACGUGCUGGACAAGCUGUGGAACAUGGGGAUCCUGAAGCAGAGCCGCGAGCAGGGAGCGGGCCUGUCGCGGGUCGAGCGCGAGGUGACCGUGUCGGCGUUUUGUAGGCGCCGGUUGGGCGUUUAUAUGGCGAGGGCGGGGAUGGUGGAGAAUGUUGUUACGGCAAUCACGUUCAUCGAACAAGGCCACGUCCGCGUCGGAACGGAGGUCGUUACCGACCCGGCCUUCCUCGUCACCCGCAAUAUGGAGGACUUUGUCACCUGGGUGGAUAGCAGCAAGAUCAAGCGGAGUAUCAUGCAGUAUCGGGAUAAUCUGGAUGAUUAUGAUUUGCUGUGAGGGUGGAUUGGGUGGAUGGUGGUAGAUAGAUAGAUACCCUUGGUUUUAUUUUAUCGGUUUCUUUGUGUUUCUUGGUGGGUUUGAUUUGAUUUGGAUUGACUUGAUUUGGACUGAAUUGGAUGGAGUUGGGGCUG